CUUCACUUCCUCUUUGCGCUCCGCGUCUCCAGUUGGGUAAUUCCUCUCGUUUGUUUCAGGGUUUGCUGUACUUCCCGUUUCCUUGAUGGCUGAUAUACAGAGUUAGAGAGGAAAUGAGGUGCAGUGCAGGAAACAUUAUGUUUUAACAGCAACUUUAAAACACUGUUAUCUAAUGCCUCUGGAUAUCUGACACCUCUGAAUGUGUCUAAGCUGGACUUUCUUUUAUCUGUGGUAACCGGACUAAAGAGAUGCAUCCCUUCCAAGUGACCUGUAUCCUGGCUUUAAUCCUCUUCGUUGUUAAAGGCCUGCACGGGAACAGCUGUGAUGUUUACCCUAAAGAUCCGUUCAUUGAGGUGGGAUCUGACACCGAGGUAUUUUGCCAGAGGUCAUGUGUCCAAGGCGAAGUCUACUGGACUCAGGACAACAAGCGCAUCGACGAGAGUCUGUCAAACACCAUCAACAACUCCACACACUCCGUCCUGUCACUGACCAACUUCACACAACACAGUGCUGCGCUGGAGUGCCACAGUGCAAAUAUACAGCAAAUCCUGGGCGGCACCAUCAUCAAAACCUACACAAAACCCAGCAAAAUAUCAUGCAUGUUGCAUUAUGAUAAUCAAGAAAACGAGGUUUAUCCAGAACUGUUUACGUGCAACUGGGAGCAUCAGAAUAAUUCUUCACGUGAAAUAAACUACACUCUAUUUGUCUCCUCGUCAUCGGUUACACGGAGUGGUUUGUGCAACUCGCAUGUAACCACAUGCACUGCCAAAGAUUUUGUUGAGAAAAUAAUACUGUCCGAGAACUUAACUGUUACUGUGAGAGCUAAAACCGAUGCUUGGGAAGCGGACUCCGACACUUAUGAAUUUGAAUUCUCUAACAUAUUGAAAAUUAUCCCUCCGAAGAUAGAUGUAUCUGUCGAGUCUAAUAAUCUGAAGAUUGAGUGGAAGCGGUCAAUUGCCAAGGCAAAGGGAGACAUAGACUGUCAAGACAAAUACACUGAGACUGUCGGUAACAAAACUCCAAAGGUGUACAAAAGUACUUUAGAGUCUGGAAAGGAUGGGAAGGUGUCUAGAAAGGUAGACUCCUGCAGAAACUACAAGGUUUCAGUCCGCUGUGCUUUGGACAGAGCCCCCUGGAGCGACUGGAGCCCGGAGAAGACGGUUCUGACUAAAUUCAAUAAGAGUGAUGUCAAGCUGCACCUGUGGAGGACAGUAACCAAACUGGAUACAAAUGGAAUCAGAAAGGUUCAUGCCAUGUGGAAGCCGAUUCCUGCAACAUGUGAGGGCACAUUUUCCUACAAAAUCCAACAGAUUCCCUACAAGCAACACACAACUGGGCUCAAUUACACGGAGACUUCAUGCAAUUCAACUUGUGAUGUUGAUGUGAAUGAAGAGGAACACAGAGUGGAUCUCACAGUGUUCCAUAAUGAAUCUCCGAUCGCAAAGGACUCUGUUUACGUUCCAGCCGCUGCAGGGAGCCGCCCUCAGGUGACUGACAUCCAGACUUCAGCCGCAGAAGGCGUUGUCCUGGUCAGCUGGACGGCUCCUGUGCAGCCCGUCAGAGGUUACAUGAUCGACUGGACCCACGAUGGAAAUCAAUAUUACUGGAAUGAGACCAAAUACACGAACACGUCGCUGUUUGACCUCCUGGAUAAGAAGCAAUACGACAUCACAGUUACUCCCCUCUUUGAUGACAAGACAGGUCGUGGCUCACAAGCCGUUCAGAUCUGCUCUAGAAUAGGAGAUCCAGAUAACAUCUCUGUCGCCAGUGUUCGAGCUAACCACAGAAGUGCCAGUGUGAGCUGGAUCACACAGUCGCAGGAGGAAUGCAGUGGUGCUGUAAUCAACUACAGGGUCUUCUACAGAACUCCGGAAGGGCCGAUGCUCAAUGUUAAUAGCACAAAGCGGGACGUACUUCUAAAAGAUCUGAAUCCAGACACCCAAUAUAUAAUCUACAUCGAGGCCACAGCUUCCACUGGAACUUCUAAAAGCAAUGAGAGUUCCUUUAAAACCAAAAGAUUUGAUCCGAGGAUGAUAACAGUGCUCAGUGUCUGUGGAAGCAUCGUGAUAAUUAUUGUGUUAUCUCUUGGAUUAUGCUGCACUAUUCAAUGGAAGAAAUUCAGGGAGAAGGCGGUGCCAGAUCCAGGCCUCAGCUCUCUGGCGGAGUGGCUGUUACCAGAUCAUCAAAAGGGAAUGUGCCUCUUCCAGGCUUUCAGUAAUCCGUCUGAAAGCUUCUGUGAUAGAGUUUUCACAGAGGAAAUGCAGAAAACACCCGCCUGUCCAUCAGCUAGCGGCUAUUACCCAGAAAGUGACGAGGCUGAGGAAUACAACGUUCACACCCCGUGUCUUACAUCGAAACUACAGAAUGAAAAACCAGAUGAACAUGUUGAGACACACCUGUGCUCGUCUGCAGAAUCCACAGACUUACUGUUUCCAGGGAACAAGCCUCUCAGCCCAUACCGAAGUCAGCGUUCCGUGAAAACACCUGAUCUGAGGACGAGUAAACAAAGUAAGCGUGUUCCAGUAAAACAGCCAGAAAACAAAGCACCGAUGACUGUUUAUGUCAGUUUGAACAUGUUGAAAGAAGGGCCGGUGAUAGAAACAGAAUCAAUUUCCAAUAUCCAGGAAUACAUCAGACCUGAAUAAAGAUUUCGUAAUUCAUAUUUCCACAGUAGUUUGUUGCUUGGCAACGUGUUUAAAGAUCGUAUGUGUGUAGCAGCUUUAUGAAAUCCAGCUUAAGUAUUUACCUGAUGUAAACAAUAUUGUGAGUAUAUAAGUGUAUAUGCCUUUAGUAACAGUUUUUCAUUUGAACAAAAUCUAUGUGGACCGAACAUUAUGCACUGUAAAACAUAUUCUUUAUUUUAUUAUUAUUCAGUUUGAGAUGUUUCUUUGUUUGUUUUUACUGAAUAAUCACACUGGUGCCAACAGUAUUGGGUUGUAUAGUACAGAGGUUGCGUACAGUUGUACAGUUUAUAUUAUAGGGCAUGAUAACCUCGACCUUUUUGUCCGUCAGUGAGCAAAUGUAAAUAGAGGAAUUGAUAUUUUGUUGUUAAUCCCAUAAUAUUAGCUAUGUAUUGUAAUAAAAAUAAGAUUUCCUGUCA